UCAAAUGUAAGUGUCUCUUUGGCGCUGUAAAUCAGCGUUUUAAUGCUGCGACUUUAGUGCAGUUGAUAAAAUAGCGGUGAUUAGAACAAAAGUGCGGUUGUUACAUCGAAAUCAAAGAAAACGACUUAAAAAUUAAAAUUAAUCAACAAAUACACCAUGUCUAAGAAAGGAGAGACUACUCGAAAAACCGCAAAACAUAUUCUGAAAUUAAAUGCAAAAGAAAAACGUGAAUUCUUGAAUUCAUUUGAUCGCAUUUUCUCCGAUGUAGAUGGUGUAGUUUGGGCGCGUGAUGAGUACAUUCCACGUGCUGCGGAAGGGUUCAAAGCACUCGCGGAUGCUGGUAAAAAAUUCAGUUUCGUAACCAAUAACGGCGUGCGAACCAUGAGUGAAUAUGCACAACGUUUCAAAGAGCUUGGCAUCGAAUUUAAUGCGAGCGAAUUCGUGUAUCCCGCCAAGAGUGUUGUGCAAUAUCUCGAUAGUAUUCACUUCAAAGGGCUCAUCUACGUUAUGGCAACCGACAAUUUCAAGAACAGUCUACGCGAGGCGGGCUAUGAAUUCAUUUUUGGUCCUUUGAAAAUCAUUAAGGAAACUUACAGCGAGUUAGCCAAUCAUAUCUUCAGCGGCGAGCCUGUGCGCGCCGUUAUACUUGAUGUUGACUUCAAUAUGUCCUCGUUGAAUCUCAUACGCGCACACCUUUUCCUGCGUCACCCGGAUUGCAUACUGAUUUUGGGCGCCAGCGACAAGUUUUUACCAUUCGCCAAGGGCGUGGAUAUCAUAGGGCCCUGUUCGUUUGCGCAAAUCAUCGCCGAUUCCAGUAAGAAGCGUCUCAUUACGUUAGGCAAGCCGGGCAAGGAAUUGGCGGAGAUGAUGUUGAAGAGUUUUGGUAUAAAGGAGAGGAAGCGCGUGCUUAUGAUUGGCGAUAUGUUGGAGCAGGAUGUUGGCUUUGGCUCGCAAUGCGGCUUCCAGACGCUGCUUGUGCUGAGCGGUGGUUGUAAUUUAGAGAAAAUGCUAGCGGAAACUGAUCCAGUUCAUAUACCAGAUUACUAUGCUGACAGUAUGGGGGAUUUCAUUGAAUUUUUGAAAGAUUUGAAGAAGGCGGAAGGGGGAGAAGUUUUUUGUUAUAAACAGUAGGGUGGAUUUAAAAAGUUUAUAUUAUAUAAAAAAGUUAUUUUAAUUAUGAGAACCGCCCUAAUGAAUACUAAUGAAUUGUCAGUUAAGUUAAUAGUGAGCAUUUGAGCUUUUGAAUUUUCGCCAGAAUAAGGUAACCCUCACUAUAGUGAGAAACAUCACUGUAGUGAGGUUGGUGACUUUUGUGAGGGCAUGAAAAUAGGGCUGUUAGAAUUGUUAUGAAACUCAAAUAUACUUUUCAAAUUUAUUGCGUUUCCAUUUUAUAAAACAAGUUGGUUUCAAAAAGCUU